ACUACCUGCGCGCCUUCCAAUUCGCGUCGGCGCAGUGUACGAUAUUGACAAGAAGGAGAUAGCUGACCGAGGCGAAAGGCAGGCACAGGAUUGAGAACGCCGAAGAUCUGUCUUAUCGCUGUUGUUUCAGACUGCUGCACGCCAUUUUGAAGAAGAUUUAGUCUAUUUAUCGCCGACGAUAUGACGAGCACCGAAUCCGCCGCAGAAAAUACCGAGGCAUCAAAAAACAGCGCUACUCCAACCGAAACUAAAGUGGAAAAUAAGACCACCACACAGUCAACAAGAACCAGGCCUUCAGUUCACAAAAGUAAUUACGAGAAUGAUACAGUUUAUUUGUAUCAGUUUGUACGGUGUCCCGUUGUCCCCUCGCCAUCUCCGUUUUGUCUGAAAGUUGAAACUUGGCUGCGAAUGACGGGUGUGAAAUACGAGAAUGUUGAUCACCGGCUGAAGUUCAAGUCAAAGAAAGGCCAGUUACCGUUUGUGGAGCUGAAUGGAACUGAAAUAGCAGAUUCAGACAUUAUUAUUAGUGAACUGAGCAAGAAGUUUGAUAAAGAUCUUGAUGCUGAUCUCUCUGUAGAUCAGAAAAACGUUAGCCAUGCUUUCAGCUCGAUGCUCAACAAUCACACAUCAUGGGUGAUGCGUUGGUGGCGCUACAACCACCCAGCCCAGUUUUUAAAGAUUGCCCAGCUGGAUGUGAAACGAGCACUAAAUUCUAAGCUUCCUAAAGGGAUUCUUCAGUUCUUCUUCAAGAUGAGUUUCAGAAGUAACGUCAAGAAGGCUAUUGGACACGGUCUGGGACGUCAUAGUAAUGAAGAGAUCCUACAGUUUGGGAAGGAUGACUUGAAGGCUUUGUCAGAGUACCUACAGGACAAACCUUUUUUCUUCGGAGAUGAACCCCAUCUUCUGGACUGCGUGGCCUUCGCUCACUUGUGCCAGUUUUACUACGUAAGCUUUGGGGACAUAAAGGAAUAUAUGGAUGCCAACUGUACCAAUCUGGUCAGUUUCCUAGAGAGGAUGAAAGAGCGUUAUUGGCAAGACUGGGAAGAGAUGUCCAAGUCUUUGGAGCUAAACACUCACCUACCGAAGAAGAAGGAGGAGGAGGAAAAAGAAAACAAAGAAAAAGUUGCCCCAGAAGAUAACGACAAGGAGGAAAAAAAAGAUUCGGAGGAGAAAGAAGAAGAUAAGCUUAAAGAUAACAAGGAUGAAAUCUCUGAAGAAAAGACCAAAGAAGAAAGUGAGAAAAAAGAAUAGACACGAACUUUAUUAGUGGUUUUGUGAUCAGGACAGACCAAUUAAGUACUCAUCGUGAGGUCACAAAUACCGACUCUCAAGUGACUUUGAUGUUGAAUUGUUUUGAUGUUGCUUGUGGCCCCCUCCCCUCCCCCGUUUUACGCUGGGUCACUUGUUCAUACGGAGAGAUAUGUAGGUAUUAUCUGAAUUUCGCAUUGCCGUCUUCAUUCCAAAAUGUCUGGUCAGUAUUAAUUGCUCUGUGUAUGUUCAACCCCUGUUCCCCUUUUAAAUGUGGAUUAAAAUAGCUUUUUUUAUACAUGUAGACAGUAAGUACACCUUAAGUGGCAGCUGUGUUGAUUGGUUAAUGUGUCCUUUGCUCAAUGUUUCACAAAAUGCUCAGCUUCUUGUCAUGCACCAAGGUGCUCGUAAUGUUAAACUUACCUGCAUCCAUUCAAUAUGCCCCUUUUUUACUUAUUCGCACAUUGAAUUUUCUGGGUACAAUUUGUAUUUAUACUUGUAAAAGUGACCAAAAGUGGGAAUAUUUCAAACCAUUUUAUUUGUGGGUUGUUAAAGGUUCUCUCUCUCUCUCUCUCUCUCUCACACACACACACACACACACACACACACACACACACACACACACACACAAACAAACAAAUUAAAGCUUCCAUUUUAAAUUUCUGAUCUAACCAGCGAUGGUACAAAACCUGGGCGUAGGUGAGGAGGCGUGUUUUUAGCAUCUCGUAUACAACGUAUAACAACAAAAAAAAAAAAUAUACGUAUUCGUUUUAUAGAGAAUUCAUUCUUUGAAGACGUGUUUUUACGCCGGUAUUGUCCUGUUGUUUUGUAAAACGACUCCAUGUUGCCUGAUUGCAUUGAUAUAUUCUUAUUUUAUAAAUGUACUACAUAAUUUGUAACCUACAGCAUUGUGAUUAAAAUGUUGAUUGCU